AUGGCAAUGGCAAAUAACGAAACACAAUGUUUUGAAGAACAUCAACAAAACUUAAAUGAAGAAUUAAAUCAUAUUAUUAAUGAUUAUGAUGAAUUUAAACAAAUAAUGAAUGAACAAAAACAAAAUCCACUAAAUCACUCAUUAAUAAAACAAAUUAGUCAAUGGGAAAUAAAAUCAAUUCAAAGAAUUCAAAAAAAAGCACAAGACUGUAGAGACAUUCUCAUUCAAAAUUCACAAACAUUCCUCAAUGAUAUUGAAAUGAAAUUUAAUGAUUUAUCUGAACGAAUAAAACAAAUUCGUCAAGAAAAUGAAUUUAAUGAAAUUAGUUUAAAUUAUUUAAGAAAUCAAUUAAAAGCAAUGACACAAGAGUUUAAUAAUCCAUCAAAUAUUUCAAUUCAACACAAUUCCCAAUCAUUUAUUAAUGAAAUUUCAAUUACAAUAUCAAAAAAAUCAAAGUUCAAUAAGGAGAAACAAAAUGCAAUCACUGUGGCUGCUGGAAAAAGAAAAGGACGGAAAUUAAAUCAACUCAAUUUCCCUUAUGGAAUCUUUAUUGAUGAAGAGAAAAACAUUUUUAUUGCUGAUCAUGAUAAUCAUCGUAUAGUUAAAUGGAAAUAUUUUGCAAGAGAAGGACAAAUCAUUGCAGGUGAAAAUGGACAAGGAAGUCGAAUGAACCAGUUGAAUAACCCAACAGAUGUGGUUGUUGAUCAACAAAAUCAUUCAAUCGUCAUUGCUGACUCAGGGAACAAGCGAGUAAUUCAAUGGUUGAAUCAAAAUCAUCAAAUUCUCAUUGAGAAUAUUGACUGUUUUGGUUUGGCAAUAGAUAAAUAUGGAUUUCUUUAUGUUUCUGAUUAUAAGAAAAAUGAAGUAAGACGAUGGAAAAUGGGAGAAUAUAACAAUGAAGGAAUUGUAGUGGCAGGUGGAAAUGGACAAGGCAAUCAAAGGAAAGAUGUAGAAGAAGGGAGAAUUGUAGCUGGAGGAAAUGGUCAAGGAAGAAACCUUAAUCAAUUGUCUUUACCUCAAGGAGUAAUUGUUGAUUAUUUGGGUCAAAUCUAUGUAGCAGAUUGUGAAAAUCAUCGAGUAAUGCGUUGGUGUGAAGGAAAAGUAGAAGGCGAAAUUGUUGUUGGUGGAAAUGGUAAAGGAAAUAAAUCAAACCAAUUGAAUCUUCCCUUUGGUUUAUCUUUUGAUGAUGAAGGAAAUCUUUAUGUUGCUGAGUUGGGAAAUCAUCGAAUUAAAAAAUCUCAAAUAUUUUGUGAAUGA